GCACCCAAAGUGGAAUGAUGGGCGGAGCGAGAGAGCACAGGGAGAUAAACCCACUCUGAGCUCACCGGGGGAAGCGAUAACGCCAACGAAGCCCACCGUCCCUCUUUCACCGAGCACUCGUCUCAUAUCCCACCACUCCAUCACACUAAGGGUCAGCCCAGGAUGAACGGCGACUCAGGUGCCGGCGUGGUGACGGCCCCCCCGCCCACCACCGCCCCCCACAAGGAGCGGUACUUUGACCGGGUGGAUGAGAGCAGCCCGGAGUACCAGAGGGAGAGAAACAUGGCACCCGACCUGCGGCAGGACUUCAACAUGAUGGAGCAGAGGAAGAGGGUCUCCAUGAUUCUGCAGAGCCCGGCUUUCUGCGAUGAGCUGGAGACGAUGAUCCAGGAUCAGCUGAAGAAGGGGAAGACGCCCACCAGCCUGCUGGCUCUGCAGCAGAUCGCAGACUUCAUGAGCAACAGCAUGCCGUCCAUGUACCCAGCUGCCCCACAGGGCGGCAUGGCCUCGCUCAACAUGAGUUUGGGGAUGGUGACUCCAGUGAACGAUCUGCGUGGCUCCGACUCCAUUUCCUACGACAAGGGCGAGAAGCAGCAUCGCUGCAAGCUGGCCGCCUUUUAUCGCCUCGCCGACCUGUUCGGCUGGUCCGAGCUCAUAUUCAACCACCUCACGGUCAAGGUGAACUCUGACGAGGACCGCUUCCUCAUCAUCCCUUUUGGGCUCCUGUACAGCGAGGUCACUGCUUCCAGUCUGGUGAAGGUCAACCUUCAGGGUGAGAUAGUGGACCGGGGAAGCACCAACCUCGGGGUCAACCUGGCCGGCUUCAACCUCCACAGCGCCAUCUACGCCGCGCGGCCCGACGUCAAGUGCGUCGUGCACAUACACACAGCCGCGGGUGCUGCGGUGUCUGCCAUGAAAUGCGGCCUGCUGCCCAUCUCGCCCGAGGCCCUGUCGCUGGGGGAGGUGACCUACCACGACUACCACGGCAUAUUGGUGGAUGAGGAUGAAAACGUUCUCAUCAAGAGGGACAUCGGACCUACUAGCAAGGUGCUCAUCCUCAGGAACCAUGGCUUGGUGUCUGUAGGUGGCACAGUGGAGGAAGCUUUCUAUUACAUGCACAAUCUGGUGACUGCCUGUGAGAUCCAGGUGAGAACACUGGCCAGCGCUGGAGGGCCAGAUAAUCUGGUGUUGUUGGACCCAAAGAAAUACAAGGCACGCUCGCGGGUCCCAGAGCCCCCGAGCGACGGGUCUUCCACACACCCCAAGUGGCAAGUCGGGGAGCAGGAGUUUGAGGCCUUCAUGAGAAUGCUCGACAACUUGGGCUACAGGACGGGCUACCCGUACCGCUGCCCGGCAUUGCGCGACAAAGCUAAAAAGUACAGUGACGCGGAGAGCGCUGCCCCCGGCCACGGCGGCCACUCGUACGGGGAGGACAGCGACUCAGGCGCUCGCUCCCCGCUGAAACAGAGCUUCCAGCGCGGCCAGCGCGACAAGACCCGCUGGGUCAAUGCCGGCAGCCGUCCCGACGAGCCCUGCGAGGACGGGCCGGACGGCGGCGGCGGCGGCGGCGGCAGCCCCAAGUCGAAGCCUAAGGUGUGGACGAACAUAACACACGAUCACGUGAAACCCUUGCUGCAGUCUCUCUCGUCUGGUGUCUGCGUGCCAAGCUGUAUAACCAACUGCUUGUGGACAAACGAGGACGGAGUCCGCCAAGCUGCCGUAGCCAAUCAGUUCAUCCCCAUGAACACAAACCCAAAAGAUGUCCUGGAAAUGAGGAAUAAGAUCCGAGAGCAGAACCUGCAGGACAUUAAGACCGCCGGCCCUCAGUCGCAGGUUCUGUGCGCCGGCUCCGUAGUGGAACGUAACUUCAACCAGAGAUCAAUCUGGCAGGACGCCCCUCUGUCUGACUGUACAGACACUAUUGAAGGCCUCGAUGUGUCCGAGGGGUCCUAUAGUCCUGCUAGAUCAAUUAGAAAGGGGGAGCUAGUGACCGCGUCCAAAGCCAUCAUCGAAAAAGAAUACCAGCCGAAGGUCAUCGUCAGCAAGCAGGGUCCCAACCCCUUCAACAAGCUCACCGACCAGGAGCUGGACGCGUACCGAAAAGAGGUGGAGCAGAAGCAGAAGGGGCCCGAAGUGCACGGACAAGACCGUAGUGGGGCGGCGGCGGCCUCCAGCUGUGCCGAGCUGCUGCGGGGGGGCGGGGCCUCAGUCUCCCCGCCGCCUCUACAGACGGCGACCGACUCGCCCUGUUUAGAGGGAGCCGCCACACCGGCCUCCAAGCUAGGCUCCUCUCCCCUCGUCCUCGCUGGCGUCGGCGGUGGGGGGGAGGGGCUGGCCGGAGGCGGCGGCGGGGGCGCAGACUCUGCAGAUGAUGUUUUUUCCCCGCACAAGGAGUUCCACUGCGCCGUGCUGAGAGCCCUCAGCAAGGGGCCGUCCGUGCCGGAUCAGGCUCCAGACGCGGAGCCGCUCGUAGGGGCCGAGGAUGACGAGCCCCAGAGCCAGAAACCCACCAGCACGCCACCCAGCACCCCCGUCAGAGCGGAGGAAGGAGAUGGAAAUGCAAAAGAGUACCUGUUGCCAUAGUAAAGUCCCUGCCAGAGCAGACCUACAAGGACGAGAGCGACGCCGCCACCCUGAGACAGACCCUUCCCGACCUGACGCCUGACGACCCCUCCGACGCCCCGGCCCUUCCCGCCGAGGAGUCCGCCCCCGCCAGCGCCGACGCGGCCGAGGGGGAGGAGCCCGCCGGCGACCAGGAGGGGGAGGAGUCUCCCAGCAAAUCCCCCUCCAAAAAGAAAAAGAAGUUCCGCACACCUUCCUUCCUGAAGAAAAACAAGAAAAAGACUGGCGAGUCCUAGAUGGGAGACGGCCGGAUGGGUCCUCGCGGCGAGCCUCUGCCUCCUUUUUUUUAAUUUUAUUUUUUAAAGUUUUGCUUUUUGUCUGCUACCGUUGCACCCUCAGCGCGAGCCUCCGUAACGCACAGUUCUGCUUUUUGUCUUCUAAUUUUUUGGUUGUUGUUUUUGCUAUAAUUUGUCGUUGGCUUAUUAACCUAUGUUUCCUCGUUAGUGCGUGCCAAUUUUGUAUACAGUGUAAAAAUGAUGGAUUGCAUAAAGGGUUUUAAUUAUUAGGAGUUUUAUUUAGUUGUGAGUGAGCGAUUCUGUCUUCUUCACUCCAUCUGGCCUUUGAUGCAUGUCCAUUACUACGGGCCCACACACACUAAUGUGAGGUUUUAGGCUUUUAUGAUAAACUGUUGUAACCACUAGAAUGUAUUGGAUUGUAUGAAAAAUAUGUAAGUGUCUUUUAAAAAACAUUGAAUGCCGAAAGAAGCUUGUACUCAUUUAACUGGUGGUGAUUUUUAAAAGUUUCUGCUACAAAUUGAAUAGAGCUCGUUUUACCACUGAAGCUGUGCAGCCAUGUGAUUACAAACCGUAACCAUGUUAGCAAGCCGGAUAACUGCAUUUGGGGAAACUCUCAGUUGAUGAUUUAUGGAAAUGGCACUCCCACACAACCCAUAUUAAUGUUGACAUAAUCAAAUAUUUUCAUUAAAUCAUCAACAAGCUAAAUCUUUGUUGAAAAUGUUUUAACAUUUUUUUUUCUUCUUUUUUUUAAACUUUUUUUUUUUUUUUUUACUUUGACCCAAAAGCAUUUCACACAGCCUAAACUUAGUACAAUACUGAAUAUGUCGUGUAGUGCUUUGGGUCAUUCAUGUGAGGUGGAAGUUGGGUUCAAUAUCUCAUAAAACCAGACAAACUGCUCCAAACCUGAUGAUGAUUUAUGAUGAUUAAACGGAUGUUGAGCUCUGAUCACCACAAAGGGAGAUUCAUCCCAGGAAACUUGACAAAACAUUGUGCGUUUUUAAAAAAUGAUUAUUAUUAUUAUUCCAAGGCUUAAUAAGAUAUUUUGUACUGGUGUGGUUAGAAGGAAGUAAUGUGUAUAGAACAAUUCCCUUUAUUAAUAUUCUAUAUAUAUUUUUUUUGCCUGGCUUUGUGUUUGCCACUUGAUAUCUUGCUGUUUUUUUUUUGGUAAUUUUUUGCUUUUUCCUCACAAAGUAGCUGAAGCCAUGAUAGUUUGCUGUGAGAGCACGUAGACGUCCUCCUUAUAAGUCAAUGAGAACUCCUAACACACACACAAUCUUAAGCAUAGAUGCAGUUGGUACAUGCAGCUUUGGAACAAUUUACAUAUUCUGUAUCAACAUGGACUUUGAAAACUGCCCUCUGACCGAGUGGAGAUUGAACACCCGUUUUUUGCAGUAAAGCCCCAAAGUACACUGGAGAAACUUUAUUUUGUGGAUAUAGGAGCUGUGCUUAAUCCUUCGGGCCAUUGCACAAAGGCCGACUCCAUGCCUCGCUAACUUGUCUUAGUUCGUUCAGUUUUAGUGAGCGGUUAGUCAUCAGUCCAUCCAACUUGUAGUGAACCAAAAGAAGCUUCAUCUAAUCUAAAGCCUUUCGUUUAUGACAGAUGGCGAAUCUUCAUCACCCGUGAAUCAACUCUGAAGGACUGCAUGUACAGAGUCCCGCUGUGCAUUAAACGACUAACUACCCCCAUUAUUUGAAAUGUCUUUUUAGCUUCAGUGUGCUUAAGUCCUUUAGUUAUUCUCUUCUUCUCGCAGCUAUUCUGAAUUGUAUUCUCUGUCUAAUCUUCCAAUCAAUAUGUGUCUCAGCAUUAUAUUGUCUACAGAUUUAGCACUUCCACCGCUGUUUUCUCAUGGUCCUGCCUCUUUCACAACCAUGAAUAAAAGGAAAACACUUACCUUGUAAA